AUGGAUCAAGCAACCCUCAACUACGAGGCCUCGGCCGGCGACACGCAUAAGCAAAUAGUCUCCUCCCUCCCACCAGACGUAGUCCAAUGUCUCGAAAACGCCCGCUUCUACUCUUCUGCGCCAGUCAUCGUCAUGACGACGAACCCCUCCUCCAAGAAGACCAACAACCUGGUCGUCAACCCCAACGUAUCGUUAUUGGUUCACGAUUGGGUCUCGCAUAGGCCACCGACCCAGGGCCGUCGUCUCUCUGGCGGCUCCCCCGGCCCGGAGAACAGAUCCAGCCUCGCCUCUCUACUGCUGAACCUCAACACCAGCGCCAUUUCCAGCAUCAGCGCUACCAUAAACGGGACCGCCGAGCUAGUAGCCCGCGGUUCCGACGAGGAGGCCUUCUACCGUGACCAGCACCUCGAGAAUAAUACCUUCGACUCCGAGGGCGGCGUCAUGUUCAACGGGCAUGCAGGGUCUGGUCAAGAGGAUGGCGGCCGGGAGUGCUUCGUGGCAGGCGAGGAGGUGAGGGUCAUCCUUGUCCACAUCAAAGACAUACGGACCAGCGACUGGAAGGGUGGCGUGAAGGAUUGGGUUUUGGUGCCCGACAGCAACUCCGCCACACCGGUUAAUGGCAUCAGGUGAAAUAAAGGGUACAUAUAAAAACUCAUACCCCUUUCGUACUGCUUACCCUCAGGCUCUGUUCUCCGGAAGGGUCUCCCAAUCCCCCGCACGGCCCCGAGAAGACACUACUGACUUCUAUCCCAGGGUUUUUACGUCAACGACAAAGCGAUAUAGUCUUCACUAGGCAGGGUUUUGGUGUUUAAGGGAAGAAUUUUAUCUCGUGCGCA